AUGUCGAACCCACGUAUUGAAGAACUCCCAGAUAACGAGGAGCCAACCAAGCAACAAGUUACCGCAGAGGAUGAGGGAUCCGACAGUUCUGACUCCGAGGCAGAGGGAGAGGAGGUAGCUGGUAUCCCAGCAGGUUCCCAAGUCGCUUUCUCCCGCAACGAGAAGAAGGCACGCAAGUCAAUUGCUAAGCUCGGUCUUACAAGAGUCCCUGGUAUUACCAGAGUCACUUUGAGACGACCAAAGAACAUCCUCUUUGUCAUCAACCAGCCAGAGGUUUACAAGUCCCCAACCAGCAACACCUACAUUGUUUUCGGUGAGGCUAAGAUUGAGGACCUUAACUCUCAAGCUCAAGCUUCUGCUGCCGCACAGUUGGCUGCUCAAGAAUCCCACGAUCACGCCGGUCACGAUCACUCUGGCCACGACCACUCCCACGAUCACGGAAAGGGCAAGGCUGUUGACACCGAGGAGAAGAAGGAAGAGGAAGAGGAUGACACAGAGGAGGUCGAUGCCACUGGACUCGAGGACAAGGAUAUUGAAUUAGUCAUGACCCAAGCCAGUGUUUCGCGCAACAAGGCUGUAAAGGCAUUGAAGGAGAAUGACAACGAUAUAGUCAAUUCGAUUAUGGCUCUAAGCAUAUAG